AUGGCAGAUGCAGAUGACGAUGCUAUUGAACCAUCUAAAUUUAUUCGUUAUGGGCAUACGGCGAAUUAUAAUAAACUUGACAAGAAAAUCUAUUUUUGGGGAGGAAUAGAUCGCCACAAUAGUACUUCGGCUGAUUUUUUCACACUUGAAAUAUCAAACUCGUUGAAUAUAACAGCUCCAAAAUUUGAACAGAAAACACUUGAUCCCACUCUUCCCAAUGCAGCUUUUGCAACUUCUGUGAUAAAUAAUUCAACAAUUUACGUAUAUGGAAGGUUUGAUGGCACAAUGUUGUUUCAAGGUUUCUUUAUUGAUAUAUCGAGCAAAACAUCUUGGAAUAAACUUGAUGGUCUACCAAAACUUGGUAUUCCACAAGCAAGCAUUAUAAAUGCUAUAUUAGAUUCAUCUGGGAGCAUUUAUGUUUUCGGUAGAUUUAUUAACUUAUCUACUCAGCAACAAAUAUCCCGACGACAAAUGCCAUUUUCAGAUCUAUUUCCUCAGCUACCUCCUUUGACAUUACCAAUACAAAAUCCAUUCACUCAGCCAGAUUCAUCAUCUCAGCAAACUUCUCAAUCGCAACCAAACCUUCAACCUCAAUCACGACCAUCCAUUCAAUCACAACCAUCCAUUGAAUCACAACCAUCCCUUCAGCCAUCAUCCACUCAAUCACAAUCAUCCAUUCAAUCACAACCAUCCCUUCAGCAAUCAUCCACUCAAUCACAAACAUCCAUUCAAUCACAAACAUCUACUCACCCUGAGCAACAAUCAAUCAGUGCAAUGCUCAUUUAUAAUAUAAAUAUGAAAAAUUGGAUAACCAUUGACACAAAUAAUCAUGACCAAUCAAAAUUACCAGCUUCUGGUUUUACUGCGACAUAUUUAAAAAGGUCCAAUUCCAUAAUCUACAUAGGCGGUAACUCUUCAGAUGAAAACUUUAUAUCAAUGAAUCAGAUUUGGACAUACAGUAUUUCAGAUAGAACAUUAACAUCAAAAAAUACUGACGAAAAUAACAUAGUUGGCCGAUAUGGACAUUCAGCAUGCUUAGUGCAAAAUAAGAUCAUCGUUUACGGCGGACUUUCAACACUACCUUUGGAUUCUAGUAAUGCUUUGGUAAUUCUGGAGAUAAAUGACGGCAAUUACAAUUGGAAAACACCAAAUAUUACACCGAAUACGGAACCCAUUCCGUAUUAUCAUACUGCAACCAUUAUCGACGAUACUUAUAUGAUCGUUGCAUUCGGGAAAGAAGCUAAUGGAAUGUUAAUUGGAGAUACAAAUCAAAUAAACAAUAGUGGAGAUGUCAUAUCGAAUAUAGAUCAAAUAGAAGUAAAGAAUUACGUGAAUGGAGAUGUCACAUCGAAUACGAAGGUUAUUUCAAUCCUUAAAGUAGAUGUUCAGAAUAGUAAUUAUAUGUGGGUAACUGAUUUUAAUCAAACAAAUCAAACUCCAAAAAAAGGAAAAAAUAUUGGUGGUAUAGUAGGUGGUGUCAUAGGUGGAAUUUUAGUUGUUGCUCUUUUAGCUGGCUUUGUAUUUUUCUUUUAUCGUAAAAUUAACAAAAGAAAACACAGAAAUUCCGAAAGUUUCCGCGGAUUAACAACUUCGACGAGGCAAAAUUCAACGCAACAAUUAUCAAUUCCAACAGCUUUAAAUUCCCGAUCACUUCCAUCAAUCCCACUAAAUUCUAACACUUCAACUCAGCUAUCGCAAGCUGAGCAAUCUGCUCCAGUUACACUGACUUCUCCGAGGCAAAAUUCAACACAAAAAUCAUCAAUUCCACCAGCUUCAAAUGCCCGACUACUUCCAUCAGUCCCGUGGGUGAGUUCACAAAAUUCUAACACUUCAACUCAGCUACCGCAAGCUGAGCUAUCUGUUCCAGUUAUGUUGACUCCUCCGUUAACAAGCCUAAAUAUGUCCGAGUUGUCUUCAGUUGAAUCUCGUCGGCCUCUUGAUUCGAGUAGUUCGGGUCCAUCUCUUUUAAAUAUACCAUUAGUUAGCUCUAAUCCAUUAUCGCCAUUUUAUAGACAUGAUGAAUAA